AACAAAGAGGAGAGCUCGUAUUUAAAGGGCGUGAUCCUCACCGUGGUUGGUAAGCGCGGUGGGAACUUCAGGGUUUGGUGUUUUGUGCUGAGAGCAGCGAGGAGCAGAAGGUCAAAGCCGGGUCACUGUGAGCUUCAUCCAGGUGUGUUGAGAUGCAGCGUAGCAGCAGCAACAGCAGCUUGACUCAGCAGCUCGGAGAAAGAUGGCUGACCUUGAUGAACCGCCUUCAGGAGGAUCCCAAGAUGGCACAGAUGAUGAGUACAAAGGUCGGGCAGUACCUCCGCAGUCGGCCUUUCUUAGCUCUCGCCCUGCUGAUGUUUAGCGCCAUGGGUGCUCUACCUGUUGGGCUCUUCCUCUUGUUUGCCCUCAUUACGAUAGUUAUGUCAGUUGUGGGAUUUGUUUUCUUUGAGGUGUUUCUGCUGUUUGUUGGAGGAAUGACUCUGCUGUCUGUGCUCUCUGGCAUCGCCCUCUUCUCCCUGGUGGUCUCGAUCAUCGUUACCGGCGUGUUCAUCACCAUUCCCAACCUGCUGAAACGUUACUACCCUCAUGUGACAAAGAGGAAGGGGAGUGAAGAAGAGGCUCCAGGACAGAAGCAGUAGCAGUAGCGAAAUGAUCUUCUCAAUCUGCUCAACAGAAGAUAGUCAGGAUCUGACCCGCUGAGCUCAAAACCUCUGCCAAGGUCGCUUCUUUAUGAACACCAAGUGUCCUUGCUGCUUCAGUGAAAGGAAUGUGAAGUUUUACUUGUUUACAGUGCAAUAUGUAUGAGUUUUAUACUGCUCACUUCUCCAAUUUGGACUUAAGAAUCGAUCUCCGUUGACAGGCUACAUCCUGUUUCAGGACAGUGAUGUAGCUACAGCAGCACAUUUCUUCAAAAUUGUUCUAAGUCCAUUUGUAGUUACAAAUAGUAUGUAUAUAGUUUGUUAAAUAAUAAUAUUACACAGUAAAAAGCAUACAAAGCUGUUUUAUGGUAAUUUAAUAAUUUUCUUACAAGAAAUCCGAGGGGCAAAUAUUGUGGUGUUAAGAGCUGAGACCAUACUUAAAGUAAUCAUAGCACUGAACAUUUAGUCAUCCUCAUGUGAGCCGAUGUUUGAUGCUUUCUGGCCUGGAGGAGGAGAGAUUGCAACCCAGAGUUUAUGUGUCCUGCCAAAAUUUCUACAUUUAUGUGAAGAAUUGUUUCAGGUUUUUUGUUGGUAUUUGUUUGUUUGCUUGCAUCAUAUUUAUCAUCCAAGUUUUAAUUUUGCUCUCAAUGCUUUAAUACUAACACAUCAGUCAAUGAAGUAAAAGUAUUUUCAUCUUACGUUCUUUCAUUCAUGAUUGUAUAGGUUUUUGAAGAAGACGCACAUGAGGAAAAACUAUUUCCUGACAAUUACAGCUCAGUUUUAGAAGGAAUGUGUUUAUUCUAGUGCUUCAGGGAACCAGUCCAAAUCAUUUGAUACUGACGAUUCAAGAGAUUUUUUUUCUAUUAAUAAUAAUAAUUUGUAGUGUGAUCGAAAUGUCAAAACAUUAGGAGUGCCUACCAUGUACAUGUGGUGUUUGCUUCCAGCAUUACGUGGGAUAAAAGCCAAGAUUUUCCAGCGGAAAGUUGCUUUAACAUAUGAUCAUGAUUAUGUUGAUAGAAAAAAUGAACUGACAAAAAAUUAUUCAGCGAUUUCAAUCUCUAUUAACACGUUCAUUGAAUUCUGUGUUCCACUUUUCGAUUAUUAUCAUGAACUUCAGACUAAGCUGCUUUUUCUAAAGAUUUGUUCUAAAACACUGGUUGUCGGGAUUUGAAGUACAGUUUUGUAAAAAUCUGUUUUCAGACAUUUUGUGCAUAUUUAACAUUUUUUGCUUUAUUUCUUCAUUUGAGUUUUUCACAUAUUGGAAAGAAAUAAACUGAUUUUGU